AUGCAUAAAAAAUUGAUCGACGAAGCAGUCCCUGAGGACUGUUUUUUUAAAUAUGAAAGUGAAGUUCCUAAAUCUAGUCCGAAAAAGGACAGAUUUAAUGUAAAACAGUUCAUUGACUUUGCUCUGGUGCACUCCAUAACUAAUUAUAUGGAUUUAAUGCAUGCCUAUGCCCACUUGGCAGAAAAGUGCACCAUUAAAAACUAUACAAAAGAGCAUGAAGCAGACCACUUUGAGCAGGGCGUUAAUGCCGGAAAAUUCUUGUAUUUAGAUAGAAAAAAAUAUGCAAAACAAGCCGUUGAGGUGGUGGAAGCGGAAAUGCACGCCUCCCACCAACGGAUGUCUAAUCAAGAAUUUUUUGACGAAAAAUUAUCUCGCACUAUCGAAGAGAUAAAUGAAAUGGACUCUGAUAUUUCAAUUUUUUUCGAAGCGAUAUCUUUUGCUAAAUUGUACGGUGAAGAUAGUUUAAAAGAUAUCAUUUCCGGCAUAAUUGACUGUAUUUGUGUUGCACGCCCAAAACGUAGAUAUGUCUGCCUAACCGGAUAUUACAAUUCCGGAAAGAGUAUGUUGGCACAUGCGUUCUCCCAACUGUUCGACGCUGUGUCAAUCAACGUGAACAUUGACAGAUCCCGCCUCGCAUUUCAACUGGGAUGUGCCCUGGACCGACGUAUGGUCAUCUUCGAUGACGUACGCGGCGGCAAGGAAGGCUACGGUUGGUCGAACUUAGAAAGCCUCCGGGACCAUAUCGAUGGACGUAUCGAGGUCCCCCUCGAAAAAAAAAACAGACAGCCAGUUCAACAGGUGUUCCCGCCUGGAAUAAUUACUACAAACUAUUUAAAAAUGUCGGUUGCAAUGAAAAAAAGAAUUAAAAAUUAUAUAAUGUGGAAUAUAAAAAACUUUGAUGAUCACGAAAUUUUUUCCGGUUAUUUCAGUAAAUUUCAUCUUGUUGCUUUAAUAGCUUACUUCCGUUUAAUGCCAAUUCCCGACCACUUAAAUCCGUGGUUUAUUCAGACUGUUUUUUCUGCUAUGACGCGCUUCCACCGUCACGAACAAAAUUGUGACGUAUGUAAAAACAAAGAAAAUGUAAAACCAACCACUUCCAGUUUGUAAAUAUUUUUUAUUUUAAUAAAUUUUCAUUUUUAAUUGUUACAACUUUUGUUUCCUCGUAAAAAUCAUUUAAGUUUUUUUUUAUUUUUGUAUGCAUCAACCAUUUUUUCGGCAACUCGGUCCAAUUUCGCAUU